CGCGUCGGAUGUGACCUUAAAAUCGGUUCCACGAAGAAAAUAGACGUUUGUGGGGUGUGCGGCGGAGACGGAACCUCCUGCACCCAGCCACUGUACCAAUGGGAGAUAGCCCCGAUGUCUCUCUGUUCAGUCACCUGUGGAGGCGGCUAUAAAAUGGCAAUGCCCACGUGUAGGAACCGGGUGACGGGAGUAGAUGUUGAGGAAUCUCUGUGCAAUGCGUCGUCACGACCCGAACCCACGGUCGUCCAGUGUAACACCCAUCUUUGUCCACCAAAAUGGGUGACCGAUGAGUGGCGACCUUGUUCCAAAUCCUGCGGGGGUGGCAUUCGAGAGCGAGUGGUCGUCUGCGCCGAGGAGAGCAACGGUGCUAAAAACAAAGUUCCGGAUGAGGCCUGCCGAGGCGUUCGACCGAAAAGUCAGGAAACGUGCAACGUCCAGGAGUGCCCCAAAUGGGUGACCGGCGAGUGGAGUGGGUGUUCCGUAUCGUGUGGAAGCGGAAUCCAGAUCCGAAGCGUCGAGUGCAUGGAUACAAGUGGUCACUUCAGCAACCAGUGCGACCACAAAACCAAGCCCUCUACCGGCCAGCAGUGUACCACCGGAAUCGGCUGCAUCGGAGAUUCGUCCGCUUCGUCAGGUCUUGCCGCCAUAAUUGCACCACCACCUGCCCCAUCGCCUCCUUACCCGUGCAAACCUCGCUGGAUAGCAACGUGGCGUCGCAGUUGA